AUGAAAGAAUUUUGGAUUUGUGUUGGAGCUAGACGCAAGAGAGCAGAAGACAUUUCUCAAACUUUACAUGCGAGUUGCAGGCAUAUACCAGAGUCGCAGAACAAGAGAAAGCUGAAACUAGUAAAACCAGAGGAUGAAGAAGAAGACUUGAGGGCUGAGGGUUUCAGUUUGCAACUAAGGGUUUUAGUUGAAGUCUUUAUAGAAACCAUGAAUGAAGAUGAUUACAGCAGUUGCAGAGGCUUGGAGAAGAUAUUCGAAGAAGAUUUUUGA